AUGAAUUCAAUAGAGGCUGAAAUUGAAGUUAAGUAUGAACAACAAAAAAGAAGAGAAAGAUAUGGUAAAAGAAAUGAUUCACGUCAAAGAAAACGUUUAGAAAAACAAAUAUUGGAUUAUCCUGACGUAUCAUCACCAACACAACAUACAAAGAAAAUAUUCGAACGAACAACAACACUUAAUGGGGAAGAUGAUCGUAGUACUUUUGUUUGUGAUGCUGAUGAAUACGACACAGACGACAAUAAUCAUCUAAUUGAAUAUAGAUUUAACGAGCAAGAAGAGACAAAUGGUAUUGAAACAAACAGUAUGUCCUUUCAUAUUUUCGAUGAUAAUUCAAGUGCAUCAUUGGUAUUACCUUUACAUGAUUACACUAACAAUUUAACAUUUGAUUAUUGUGAAAAUUUUAUGCUUCUUCCUCGUCAAGCGAACCUAAGUAAAAAACAUACAAAUGAUCUUUUAUAUUUUAUUAACACAGGAUUACCUGUUCCCAACAAUAUGCCAUCAACAGAAAAACAACUUUUGUCGAUACUUGACGCCCAGGAAUUAUUUACAAAGCGAUGUGUAUGUUUAUUAUGCUAUCGUGACUUUGAUUAUGAACAGAAUAUCUGUCCACAAUGUGGUUCAUUGAAUAAAAAUUCAAUUGCAUAUAUACACGAUUCUAAUGUUGAAUUGAUAAUUAAAACAAUUAUGACAAGAUUAGAUUUAAAUGUCAAUGAAUAUAAAAAUAAAAUAAACAUUAACGAUGAUGCAGAUAAAACAAAAGAUAUUCCAUUUGGAGAUUUAUACCAAAAAUUAUUAAAGGAGAAUAAUUAUCAAAAUAUGAUUAGUAUGCUGUUGCAUAUGGAUGGAAUUAGCAUAACACGGUCGACUAAAUUGAAGAUGUGGAUGUUCAGUAGUUCUAUUGUGGAACUACCUCCAAAACUACGUAGCCAACGAUCGAACAUGGUUCUUAUUUUGAUUUGGAUCGGUUAUGUUGAACCACGAUCGAAUUUAUGGCUAAAUAUGUCCAUAAAAAAUUUAGAAGUUAUUAAAGUACGAGGUAAUCUAUAUUUUAUUAUCUUGGAUUAA